UUUAUGUUCAAGUGAUUACAUAUACAUACAUAAUACAUAUAUAGAUUUUUAAAGAAUACUCGGGAAAUAUUCUUAGGAUAAAGUUCAAUGAUUGUUUCAUACGCACUUACGGCUUGAUCGAUAGAAAGAAAUGGCAGGAAAAAUUGCUACAGAAACGUUCAGAAGUACAUUUAAAACUAUUGACAAAGACGUAGUUAGAUGGUUUCCUGGUCAUAUGGGUCGUGGUUUGAAGCAAAUGCAGCAAAAACUGAGGUCUGUAGAUUGUAUAGUAGAGGUUCAUGAUGCUCGAAUACCUCUCUCGGGUCGAAAUAGUGAUUUUAAAUAUACAAUGAGUGGCAUUAAACCUCAUAUCUUAGUUUUAAAUAAAGCGGACUUGAUAGAAAACAAAUUUAUUGAUAGGAUAACAAAUGUCUUAAGCAAUGAAUAUGAGCAUAUAUUGUUUACAAACUGCAAAAAUCAGAAAUGUCGUGGUGUGAAGCAAAUCUUUCCGCUGGCCCAAGAACUAAUAAACAAGUCCAACAGAUAUAAUCGUUCAAAUGAAGAAGAUUAUAAUAUAAUGAUAAUAGGAGUUCCAAAUGUAGGAAAAUCUUCAUUAGUCAAUGCUCUUCGAAUAAGACAUUUGAAAAAAGGUAAAGCUUCACAUGUUGGUGCUUCACCAGGAAUAACUAAAAGUGUGUUACAUAAAAUAAAAAUGUGUGAAAAUCCUUUAUUUUAUAUGUUGGAUACCCCUGGUAUACUUACACCAAAUAUCAACAAUGUUGAAUCAGGAUUAAAAUUAACAUUAUGUGCUACUAUUCAGGAUCACCUUGUAGGAGAAAAAAUUGUAGCAGAUUAUUUACUGUAUUGGCUGAAUCGACAGCAACAUUUUGAAUAUGUUAACUACCUUAAAUUAGAUAAUCCAACAGAUAAUAUUUUGCAACUGCUUACUCAUAUUAGUAAACAAAAUGGUAAAACUUUGAAGAUGAAAGACUACUUGAACCAAUAUAUCAUUAGGCCUGAUUUAGAUAGUGCUGCAAAAUAUAUGCUAAAAGCAUUCAGGAAUGGUGAUUUAGGAAAAAUUCUUUUAGAUGAAGAUUUACUUGAAUAGUGCUGACUUAUUAAAUUAAUAUUGCUGGAAAGAAAAUUUUGCUGUAUCAAGUAGGAAUAUAUUCCUGUGGCAAACAAUUGAAACUGGAUGUUGUUUGUUAAAUAUGUAUAUGUAUUAUGGUGAAUUCAAUCAUAGAAUUGACAAUAAUCAUAACCAUUUAAUAAGCAUUAAAUAUAUUAUCAUGUUAACUUGUGAAUUCAAUAAACAAAACAAUUUUAAAAAUACUGUAAAUAUAUCAGAAAAUAAAAUAGUAUUUUUAUUACUUAAUAAUAUCUCUCCUGAAAUCGACAGUACAUAGUCAGUAGAUCAAUGAUGAUAAUCGAAUUAUUGUAAAUUAUGUGUUUGCAAAUUAUACAAUUUUUAA